AUGGAGCUCGACAUCGAGGCGAAGCGCUGGCGGCGCCUCGGCGGCACCGCGAACGACCGUGUCGAUGCGAGCGACGAUAUACCGGGCCCACGAAAGCGGCCCGUGGCGUUCGCGGACCCGGAUGGGCACCGGUUCUGGAUGAUGUAUGGGCAUGCGGACCGGCAGGCGACGCCGGAGGACCAUCCGCAUCAUGUUAGCGGGGACGACGCGUUCCAGUAUGAGGAUGCGUGGACGUACGACGUGGACACGGGCAAGUGGACGAAGGAGCGCAUACCUGGCAACGCGCCUGCCCCGCGCACGGAGGCGGGGUCUGCCUACGACCCCACCACCGGCCAAGCCAUCGUCUUCGGCGGCUAUCACCCGCAGCUCAUGACCUACGUCCCCGAAAUGAACGUCUGCUUCAACUUCUGCUACUUCGCAGACACCUUCGUCUGCCAACUCUCCCCCACGCCGCGCUGGCGGCAGGUGCUCACCGCCGGCUUCCCUACCUACCGCGCGCAGCCGACGAUCUGCGCGGACCCUGAUACAGGCGCGCUGUACAUGUUUGGCGGGUUCGCUAAUAGCGACUACGUGCCCGUGCGCGGGAAUAUGUGGUCGCGGACGUAUGGGGAUCUGUGGAAGUUGGUGAUCGCGCCGCCGGGGAAGGAUCUCGAGGGAGUGAAUGUGGAAGAGGAGGCGCGGACGGCAAGGGCGGGGCCGUGGCAGCGGUGCUUUACGUGUGGGGCGGCUGGGCAGUGGCGGAAGUGCGGUGGUUCGUGCAAGGGGCGGGCUUUCUUCUGUAGCAACCAAUGUUUGGCCGAGGGCUGGAAGGAACACAAGUCCAUGCAUGGCUGUCGCAAAGCAUGA